AUGUUUCGUCGGUGUUUGCUUUUUACAACCCCGCAGCUGCGAGAUCUGAUUCAUCGCCUAGACUACUUUGAAAAGGAGCUUAUUGAACUGAAGGCCUUUCGUCAGGUGGUGGAGGCGGCUUCACCAGACCUGGCGGCUGCCGCAGAAGUUCUUGCGAGGGAGCGACGAAAGUUCAGGGAAGAUCUUGACGUAGUUGUGGAUAAUCCGUUAACAGCCGAGGAAUUUGUGGAGUUGAACCAAUUUUAUGCAGUUCAAAAGGAGAAGAGGCUACCGCUGGUAAAUAUGAUGCAUAUACGAAAUAUUGAGGACCUCUAUGCGUAUGCAAAAAUUAUUCAUCGUGAAAAGUUGGUGCGCUUGGCACAGAGAGCCCGGGCCUUAAAUCACGCCCCCAUGGGAUUGUCUCAGAUGCCCUCUAUACAAGAGUUACGCCGGUGGUAUGAAUGGAGUUUUCAUGGUAUAAAAUCAACCAAACUUCCUGUUGAUUUAGAGAGUGCGCGGGAAUUUGACGCGAUGGUGCGCUGUAUAUUUUUGAGGCACUAUAACGUGAGUGCGUUACUGUCUGAGGGUAUGUACGAGCUUGGACGACGUGAGAUGUGGAGUGAACGUGAUUUUUCUGAUAAAACACUUGCACCGGCCCUUGAAGAAAUACAGUCAUUUUUUGAUGACUUUUGUGGAGGUCGCGUGCGACUUCGUUUUCUAGUGGGUCAUUACAUGUACUUAUCUACACAUAUUCUGCAUGUUGAGGAUAAGGACGUUGAAAAGCUAACUCGCCCUUUGUUCUUUGACCAUGAUCCGAGCAGCUUUGUUGGCAUGAUAUGUCGUGAGUGUUCAUUGGCAGCUGUGGUGAAAUGUGCGAUCCGCGCAGCAACCGAGUUGUACGACGAGUCUAAUAUUGAGCUUCGUAUAGCUGGCGAUCCAAACCUAACCUUUGUUGGUAUACCUUACGUGAUGUAUGACGUCUUGUCUGCCAUGAUUGAUGAUGCCAUCCAGGCGAAUGUGAUGCGGCAAGAAAAGUAUGGUGUAGCUUGCACGCCUGUAGUGGUGACGAUUUCUCAGAGGGAUGAAAACGAGCAAAUAUGUGUCCGUGUAUCAGACACAGCCGGUGGAAUGCCUCUUGAAGAGGUUAGACAUGCCUUGAAGUACUGGUCAGCAUUUAAAGCCACUGAGCAUGAGAAGAAGGUGUGUAAAACAUGGAUUCACAGUCCUAUUAGAAUGCCAUAUGCAUAUUGUGCGGCCAGGGCAAUAGGGGGUGAUAUUUCUGUAGUAUCAAUCGAGGCGUACGGCACAGACCGCAUUUUGUACAUCCCCCGCUCCGGUCUGAAGGACAUCAGCAUUUAG